AGCAUCUGGAUCAACAGGCAGACAGCAGCAGGAGCUGUGGUGUCUCGGCGAAAAUACUUUUUUUAACGGCCACUUUCUUUGAAAAUUUUGUACUGUGGCAGUCAAUUUCCUUUGACGUUGAUGUACAGAACGUUGAACCCCUAAAACCGCUGAUAAAGUGCUUCAGAACAAUUUAAAAACACCCACCCAGUCACGUUUUUCCUGAACAUCUGAAGCUUUUAGUAGGACAGGCGUGAUCGCCAACGCCUUUCUGGACUCUCCUCACCCCUCCAGCUUCUCUCUUGCCACUUAUGAGCUGCUAAAAAGGAACGCAUACUACAUUUUAUAAAAAGUUUUUUGAGAGCCACCAUGGGCUGCACAAUCAGCGCCGAGGACAAAGCUGCAGUGGAGAGGAGCAAGAUGAUCGAUAAAAACCUUCGAGAAGAUCUAGAGAAGUCCUUGAGAGAAGUGAAGCUGCUUUUGCUCGGUGCUGGAGAAUCUGGGAAAAGCACACUAGUCAAGCAGAUGAAAAUCAUUCACGAAGAUGGCUACUCAGAGGAGGAAUGCAGUCAGUACAAAGUGGUGGUCUACAGCAACACCAUCCAGUCCAUCAUGGCCAUCAUCCGGGCCAUGGGACGCUUAAAGAUAGAGUUUGGAGAUGAGGCCCGCGCGGAUGAUGCCCGCCAGCUCUUUGUGCUGGCCAGUUCAGCUGAGGAAGGUGCAAUGUCGGCAGAGCUCAGCGGUGUGAUCCAGCGGCUCUGGGGCGACAGCGGCGUUCAAGCCUGCUUUGACCGAUCACGAGAGUAUCAGCUCAACGACUCUGCUGCAUACUAUCUGAACGACUUUGACAGACUCUGUCAGCCCAACUACAUCCCGACCCAGCAGGACGUACUGCGGACACGUGUCAAAACCACGGGAAUUGUGGAAACUCACUUCACCUUCAAAGAUCUCUACUUCAAAAUGUUUGACGUUGGAGGUCAACGCUCAGAGAGGAAGAAGUGGAUUCAUUGCUUCGAGGAAGUCACAGCCAUCAUUUUCUGUGUGGCUCUCAAUGACUAUGAUCUGGUCUUGGCUGAGGAUGAGGAGAUGAACCGCAUGCAUGAGAGCAUGAAGCUGUUUGACUCCAUAUGCAACAACAAGUGGUUUACAAGCACCUCCAUCAUCCUCUUCCUCAACAAGAAGGAUCUGUUUGAGGAGAAGAUUGUCAGGAGCCCACUUAAAAUCUGCUAUCCAGAGUACAACGGUGAGAACUUGUAUGAGGAGGCAGCGCUGUACAUCCAGGGCCAGUUUGAAGACCUGAAUAAACAAAAGGCCAACAAGGAGAUCUACACCCACUUCACUUGUGCCACAGACACCCAGAAUGUGCAGUUUGUGUUUGAUGCUGUCACCGAUGUCAUCAUCAAAAUCAACCUGACGGAUAUCGGGCUGUACUAAAGCCAUAGGCCCUGAAGGUGCCACAAUGGGUUACUGGUGGUCUUGGCCGGUAUGUGGUGUCUGCAGAAGGGGCAGUGGGAAACAAAAGGACUAAGCCAAUGCAGUCUGCAGCAACUAUGACAGCCGCCAUUUUAGGGACUUUUGUCAUGAUUACGUUAGCCUUGGCAGAGUUUACGCUGGGAUGAAGUGAUUCGUGAGAGCAACUAGCGAAACAAUCACUGUGAGUCUUUGCAGCUGUGGCAGGUAAAGACACUGAUACAUCUACAGUACGUCUGUUUUUCACAGCUGAUGUGUAAAGUCGCUUAAUUAGGUUGCAAGUCUGCAUUACAUAGCUUCUAUUUUACAAUUGGGUUGCUGUAUUGCUUUGGAGUGUAUGAAUACCAUAACUUAUGUGGAGGACAUAGUUUUGUGUUUGGUAAAGAUAACAUAAUAGAUAGGUUCUGGGGUAAGAAUACAAUUCUAAUGAACUCCGCAGCAGCACAAUCUAACAGACUUUUAUAUUCCACGUUACACUGAACAAUUUUUUAUAUUUUUACCUGAAACACAUCAUUGCACAAGAAUUCCUAAAAGGGAGAUGAUGAUAUUUCUCGACCAAUGUUAAUCACUAAGUAUGCUUAAAAUUGAAGCUGUCUUCAGUUUUCAAAUCAGAAUCCUGAAAGAAGUGCAUUUGCGUUUGAUAGCCUCAUAUCACCUCCUACUAAAGAGGACUUUAUUCUUCCCUCACAUCCUGUUCAAAGAAGUCCUAUCUGCUAGUUUUUCCAUUUAAUAUUUGCAUGUUUUGCUCUGCAUUUAUAUUAGCUCAUUUUAACAUCAUUAGAUGCAGGCUGUGCUUCUUUCGUUUGGGUUUUAAAUCAAAAUCUCUCACCAGGCGGUCGAUAUCCACCUGGAAGAGUUAUUACGGCCUCUUCCAAACAAAGCAGUAAAGGUUGUGAUGCAAAUGGGAAAGAGUAUUUUUGGCAUACGUGUUUGAAGUGAUGGCCGAGCAUGAUGACCCGUUGCUUGUGUAGUGCAACAACACACCACAGACAUGAACAAGAGUGCAUUGUCUAGAGUCAAGUGAGCUAUGCAGGGAAAGAUGACCGAAUGCAAGCUUUGGUUUUAUGCACAAUAAACCAUUACUUGUUAAUAGAAAUUUGAAAAGGCAACUGGAUUUCAGAUUCAUCCAGAAGUGAUUGACAAACAGGAGUCUGUUUUCAAUGUACUUGUUUUAACUGCAGGGGGGUUCUUCUUUUACUGUCUUAAGAUACAGCCACGUCAACAUCUGUAGGGGCUUUGGAACUGAUCCAUUUCAAACAAUAACAACAACAACAACAAGGCAUAUCCUCUUUAUGUCGAAGACUGCUUAGAGACAAUUGUUGCGAUCUUGCCUAAUAGCAGUGCCUCUGCUCAUUGGAUUUGAGCACAAUCGGGACAGUCGAGCUAUUUCUUUUCUUAGUCCAGUCACUUUUCUGCAAGGAGAUUAAAAGACAAUCUUAUGGAGAAAAUGUGGCAAUGAUUCCACGACAUGGCAUAAAAGCAUAGAUAUAUUUUAUUCUAAAUGUCAGAUUAUUAUGAUGUCACCUCUAGGGGGCAUAUUUGCAUAGUAUCUGGGUUGGGUAUGAUAUGAUGUGAUUUAUGUCUCACGUUAUAUCCUCAGUUUCUUUUUUAUGUGAUGUUUCCGAUUAUUGACAGCGUAUUUCAGCCUUCACAUGCAAAAUUGUAAAAAACACAAAAUGGUCAAGACCGUCAAAGCUUAAAUCAGUUUGUGCAUGGACCAGGGUGUCCUAAGUGUGGCCCGCGGCUUUGGUUUUUGUUGCCGCGAGGUACGUUAAUGUAAAUAAGUCUAAAUGUGAACAAAAAAAACUAAAAGAAACGAAACAGCAAAAUGGAAGAAAAAAAAGUCAUAAUAAGUGAAAAUGUAAUAAUACAAAAAAAUUGUCACCUGUAACACAAAGGUGACACAAAGUUUUGUCUUUAAAUAUAUAUACGGUAGUCCCUCGCCACUUCGCGGUUCGAAUUUGGAAGCUUCACUCUAUCACAAUUUUUCAAAAAUAUAAAAAUGAAUGAAUCAUGCUGUUUCAUGGUUAAAUACGGCCUAUUAUUAGUCAAAAAUAUGCAUACUUAGGCAAAUUUUACAUAUUUCUUGGCAAAAUUAAGCAUUUUCAAGUAUAAAAAUGGCUAAUUGAGCUAAAAUACAUACUGUAUACAGUGUAAGGCAUUCAGAAGACACAUUCAAAGACACUGUGAAUGAUACGUAGGAUCUACACUGUUCACAAGGUGUCAGUAAUGUUACUGUAAUGUUCUGUGAGACACACACGCCAGGCUUGAUUGCUGGAAUAAAAGCCUUUUAUUGCAGGUUUGAAUUAUCUCACAACAGGCAUAAUAAUCCCUAAUAACAAUCCUGAAUAAAAAAAAUGGGCUACAGUUGUGGCUGUAACCCAUGGCAAGCUGAAACCUAACUCUGAAACCCUGACGCCAUUCCUGUGUGCCACUCGCUCUCCUCAAGGGAACAUUGCAACACACACAAGCAUGAGUCUUAUUCAUGACUUAAAUGGCUUAUUCACACAUAUCUCUACUAUAUUGGGUAAUGCGAGUGUAAAGGUGACUUUAGGGGUGUUAUUGCAUGUCUAGAGGGCUCUAAUGUUGAAAACCUUUAAAAUUUAGAAGAUCAUAAACAGGUUUUCUAUGCUCUAUGAAAAUAUUCUAUUUAUCGAUAAGGAAUCCUACUUCAUGGAAACUCAGUUAUCACUGUCGGGUGUGGAACCAAUUAACUGGGGAUUACUAUGCCUUUUUUAGGCUAAAAUAUACUGUAUCUACAGUACAUUCGCCCCUCACUCUGUCAUGGUUUAUUGGUUCCAGACGCUGUAAGUGAAUUUCCGUGAAGUAGGAUUCAAUAUUAAUAAAUUGAAUAGUUUCAUAGUUAGAGCAUAGAAGACAUGUUUAUGAGUUUUUAAAUAUGCUUUUGCCAUUAUUACAGCCAUGCAGACAUGAAAUAACACCCUCAUAGUCACCUUUACACUCUAUUAUUAUUUGUUUACACCACAUUGCUAAUGCGCAGGCUACGUGAUCACUGCAGGGACACAGAUAACCACGGCUGCAUAACAUACUAGCGAGCCAGUAAGCCUCCAGUUUAUUUAUUCUAAACUUAAGAAAGCAUAGGAGGAAAACUUAUUUUCAUUAUGUCAUGUCGGACUAACCAUGGCUGACUCCAUUGAUUGUGCCGGUAAUGUUAUGUCAUGUCAUGUCUCAUCAGUUUGAGUUGUAUUUCAAUAUUUUUGACCAAUAAUGGGCCAUAGUCAACCACGGAAGAGUGAUCUUUUAUUAAUUAAUUAAUAUUUGAAAAACCGGCAUAGAGUGAGAGAAUGCGACGUAGCGAGGGACGCCUGUAUAUCAAAAUGGCCUCUGCAUCCUUUGACUUUUUAGUAUUCGGCCCUCGGUGGACAAAGUUUGGAUCCCCCUGGCAUAGACAAACUACAGGGUGUCCAUAAAGUCGCUUUACAGUUGAACAAAUUUGCUACAAAAGCAAAUGAAUAGUCAAACCUGCGGAAAUGAUUACAAAAUGAGGAGUAAGUAUUCAAGAAAUGUUUUAUUUUUUUGCCUCAUUUAACACUUCUUUAUGGCCACCAUUAGCUGCAUGAAGCACAUCAAGGCGGUACUCGAUUUCUUGCCAUAUUUGCUUUAGCAUUGCCUCAUUAGUGAUGGCAAUGGCAUCACUGAUCUUUUGCUUCAGGGUGCUGAUGACCCGUGUGAAUUUCUCUUAGAGUUGAAUAAAGUAGCUAUCCAUCUGUCUUUGUUCGAUACACAUAACCCCACUGAUAUAAGUGAACCAGGUGGCCAGGGAAUUGGGCCAUCCCUUUUAUGUAACAGGACCUAUUUCAUUAACCUGAAAAAAACUAAUUAAAAACGUUGAAAACCACUGAGCACAUAGAACAAAUCAGUUGCUUUCGUAAUACAUUUUUUGAAUUGUAAAGAGACUUUGUGGUCACACUGUACAACAACCUACUUUAUUACUCCAUUGUGAAAUGAAUGUAUGUGGUCCUUUUUACUGCUAUAAUGUGGUGUAAAUUAGCUCCCCUGCUUAUGACGACAUUCCAGGUCCCAUCUAGUUUGAACAAGAGUUACUUUUGCUAACAA